GACUUCGCUUAACGAGUUCACGGUCACGCGCCAGUGCUGUGACAGCUAAUGUUAGUUUUGUAGUGUUAACAAACCUUGCUAGUUAACAUUACUUAAGUAAGUUAGAUGUUCGCUUUUCUAAACACAGUAUUGUAGCUAGAUACCUAUUGCAUUUACUGGAAUGUCGAGCACAUAAACUGUUUACUGUGACGUUAAAUGGCAGACUUUGAAGCGUGUGUCAUUCAUUAAGGAUUGACAUUUUCCAGUAAAUAUUUAAAGUCAACAAUAACAAAGUCAGCUAACGAUGGCCAGCAGGGAUGCCAGUGAGAGCACCCCUCUUUUGGACAGCAACUCUGUGGCUGUGAGCAGACCUGCGUCAGUGUUCCAGGGACGGAGACUGGCAUGUGCCACUAUACUCUUAGCUGAAUCAUUGGAACGAGUUGCGUUCUAUGGCAUAACAUCCAACCUGGUACUUUUCCUCAACAGUAGCCCAUUUUAUUGGGAGGGGACCCAGGCCAGCCAAGCACCUCUGAUAUUUAUGGGGGUUACAUACCUAAUAUCACCAUUUGGUGGAUGGCUGGCUGAUGCGUUUCUGGGCAAGUUUUGGACCAUUGCUGGCAGUUUGAUCCUAUACUUCAUUGGAAUGCUGUUUUUUCCAUUUAUUGCAAGCGAAAACUCCAGGAAUACCAUUUGUGGGGAUGAAAUGGCAUUUCCAGUGCAACCUCCAGAAUGUUUGAGCACAAACAGUACCCCUCCAAGCAAUAUGUCAUGCCCUACAAGGACACCUUAUUGUGGUCCUGUGAUCUACACUGGCCUUGUUCUCAUCGCUCUAGGUGUGGGAACCGUGAAGUCCAACAUCACACCAUUUGGGGCAGACCAGGUUAAAGAUCGUGGCCCAGAGGCCACUCGCAGGUUCUUCAACUGGUUUUAUUGGUGUAUUAACCUGGGGGCCAUAUUGUCCCUGGGUGGCGUGGCCUACAUCCAGCAAAACAUCAGCUUCCAGUUGGGGUACAUCAUCCCAGCCGUGUGUCUGGGUGUCUCUUUCUUGGUCUUCCUGGUGGGGCGCACUGUUUUCAUAACCAAGCCUGCUGAUGGUAGUGCUUUCAGUGACCUGUUCAAGAUCCUGGGCUAUGCUUGCUGCACUGCACAUCCCAAAGAGGCCAACCUGCUACGGGCCAAACCCUCCAUGCUGGAUGGUGCUAAGGUUACGUAUGGAGGCAAAUUUCCUGAGGAGAAAGUGGAUGAGGUGAAAGCACUGUUGAAAAUUCUGCCAGUAUUCUUUGCUCUUAUCCCAUACUGGACUGUAUACUUUCAGAUGCAGACAACGUAUUUCCUCCAGAGCCUACACCUAAGGAUUCCUGACACCAGUACUGGUACCAACAGCAGUGCUAGCACCCACCAGAUCACUUUCCGCUUCCCUGCUGCCUGGCUGACAAUGUUCGACGCAGUGCUUAUUCUCAUGCUGAUCCCCCUUAAGGACAAAGUGGUGGACCCGAUCCUCAAGCGCAGAGGCCUGCUUCCCUCAUCCCUGAAGAGGAUCGCGGUGGGGAUGUUCUUCGUCAUGUGGUCAGCUGUGGCGGCUGGUAUACUGGAGACAAAACGACUCGAGAUCAUCAAAUCAAAUGGCACCAUCGACCAGGUAUUUGGCAAAGCCAUCUUCUACGCCGCAGAUCUGCCCAUAUGGUGGCAGGUUCCUCAGUACGUCCUCAUCGGAAUCAGCGAAAUCUUUGCCAGCAUCGCUGGUCUUGAGUUUGCCUACUCAGCCGCCCCCAGGUCCAUGCAGAGUGCCAUCAUGGGGUUGUUCUUCUUCUUCUCUGGGAUUGGUUCUUUCGUUGGCUCUGGCCUACUGGCCAUUGUCUCCCUCAAGGGGAUUGGCUGGAUGUCCUCCCACAAGGACUUCGGUAACAUUAAUGACUCCCAGCUCAACUACUACUUCUUCCUGUUAGCGGGGAUCCAGGGCCUCACCUUGCUGGUUUUCCUCAUCGUGUCUGUCAAGUACGACAAACAGAAGAGUGGUAGAGCAGGAAGUCAAAGGCAGGGUGCCACGUCCUCUUGACCCAUCCCCCUCACCCUACCCGCCUUGGUGCAAAGUGGUUUGAGCCAAAACCCUUUCCUGAUUUUGCUACGGGAUAGAGUUUAUUUUCCUCAUGCACAUCUUCACGUUAGAUCAACUUCAUCUUAAUGUAUUAUUUUUGUACAGCACCUUAUUUAAACAGUCUUAACCAUGUUUGAAACUGUUUAUUUUUAGAUGACCGGGUUCUAUCAUUUUUACCAAUUAUUUAAGCUGAUGUCGGAUUUAUGUCAUCAGCAGAUAAGUAUGGCAUUUUACAACUGGGCGCCCUUUUUACUUUUAUAUCUUAAGUAACAAUUAACACACCGAUUUGAACUAAAUUUCAGACACCCUGAAACACCACUUUGAACAACUUUCAAGGCUUUGACUUGAUACUGACUGAUCAGGUUGUUGGGUUCCUAGUAAAGCCUUUGCACUACAGGAAUUCUGCCAUAUUCAGAUUAUAAUAAAUGUUAUUUAGGUCUGUGUGUGGGUGUGUUUAUGACAUUUAUAGGGUAAAUAGAAAAGGGCUUUUACUAAUUACCAUUACCAUUGUUUUCACCUACUGUGUGUUUUUAAUAUGGUAUUAUGUUUUCGCUCUUUAAUGUUGAAUGAAAUAUUUUGUAUUUUUUUUUACUGUUGCUCAUAUACUGCAUUAAUACACUUUGUCUUCUAGGUGUUGAGAUCUGAAAUUAAUUCAUAUCUGGUUUCAUUAUUGAAUGAAAUGUGCUUGGUACGUCCAUAAAUAAGGUAUAGCGUAUUACCAUUCCACUAUGCAAUGAUUUAUUGAUUUAAUCAAAAUGAUUACAUAUUCAAUGGAACAGGUGCCAGCUGUUUAAACUUGUUUACAGGUUAUCAUAAUUUAAUCAAACUAACCAUCGACAACCAACAAAAGCAUUAUACAGUGUUUUUGACUGCUGCAGGAAAAGAUUAUGCAAAUGUAAUAUGAAUAAAGUUUUAAAAACAACACAAAAUAUCCAUUAGAAUGUCAUUGUCUGCUUGGAUUGAAGGUUGAGAAUAAGGACAGGAUGUUCGUUAUAGUCUCUGUUGAACAGCCUCUGAUCUGAAUGUAUUCAGGUCAAAGUCCACAUGGUGUGGACCAGGCUUAACAUGGACAGUCUGCACGUCCACAUGGUGUGGACCAGGCUUAACAUGGACAGUCUGCACGUCCACAUGGUGUGGACCAGGCUUAACAUGGACAGUCUGCACGUCCACAUGGUGUGGACCAGGCUUAACAUGGACAGUCUGCACUUUCCGGUAGUGCAGUUUCAUGACUACGGUAUAUCCAUCAUAGGGUUAACAAUUUAAAGAACAAUCCAUACAAGCCCUCUUAUGUAGUUGAUACUUUUCACCCCACUCAAAGCUUUAACUAUUGACUGUGGUACUUAUCAACUUUCACCAAUGGAUUUCAUUUAUUUAUCAAUCGCUUGUGAUUGUUUAGGAGUGAUUUACUUUUGCUUUAUCUAAGAUUUACAGUAAAUGCAAGAUUUGAAACCUGAAAGUUAGAUAUUUAUAAACCAAAAUCCUUUUGGAGUUUGAGGGAUUUUGAAGUAAAUUUUAUUGUAAAUCAGAAUAUAAUGGUCACAGAUAUGAUAAUCCAUAAAGGAGCAAUAUGUAGAAUGUUUUCACCAUGUAGAAGCUAGGUGAAUUGCAACCACAACAAUUUGCAUUCAAACUAACUCUCUCAAAUUUAGCACGGUAAAAUUUGUUUGAUAAUCAACAUUAAAUCGAUUUUUUUUUUUUUCCUCCCAACAAUUGCUAAGCAUUUCAGGUGAAGCAUUCCAGGACCAUGGAAAUUGUCAAGAGAAACCAAAUAUUCACCAAAUGUAUAUUAUACAACGAAAUUUAACUUGCUUCCUUUUUGGACUGUUUUGUCACUUUUGGUGAACUGCAUUUAUACAUAUUACUCCUUUUUAUUAAUAAUGAUACUAAAAAGGGUGUGCCAAGUCCAUACCCAGAGGACAUGCAAAUCUCUCAACAUUAACAAUAACAGGGCAUGGUAGCAAUAUUGUUUUUGUAUCAUUUAAAAAAUCCAGUGCUGGAUUAAAGUGAAAAAACAAAUUGUCACUGUCCAAAUACUUCGGAACAUGUUGAAUUGACCUUUAAUUAUUGUGUAAGAACCACUUACUAACUAAUUGACUGUGUUUUAUGAUAUUUGGCCAUUAUUGUGUUUGUGAAUGAUGUAGCUCCUUAUUUUAUUCAGGCUUUAAAGUCAGAAUCUUCCUUUUGUCAUCUUAGGAGCUUUUUAUUGUAUUUUUUGAAAAUGUGUUUUUGUGGGAGAUUAUUAUUUUGCUAAUAAAACGGAUUAACAUCUAAGUAUGGAAAAUGUAUGGUAAUUAAUCAAUUUGAAAUUCAGACUGUUCUAUUUAAAUAAAGACUUUCAUGACCUUGUAUACCAUGUUAAAUCUGCUAUGGCAAUACCUUUUGUUUUUUGUUUCCAGUUCAUGUAAUCCAUUAAUGAUUUGACUUUUCAAGAAGGUAAAAAUAUUCUUCCAAUUAUUAUCAUGCUUGUAUUUGGAAUCAGCUUGUCACAACUCAAUCUAACACUGAAUAUCAUACGUUUACAUAACAUCACUGUUACUUUCAAAACUUGCCAUUACAUGAGCACACA